CCUCAAAAACACGAUUUUCAAAAAUAUCUCAAAAACGGUUCUUAAGAAAAAUAAACGGAUGUCAUUUUCGUGUUCUCCGACCCCAAAUUACUAUAAAAAACACUUUUUUAUGGAGGUUCAUUUUUGGUGUAAACUAGUGUAAGCGGAACUAACAAUUUGGUGCAGCUAUCUGUGAAGCAUGUUUUUAUGUACCUAUACUAUGAUUCGAAUUCUCUACUUACUAUAUUGGAUUUUUUUCGUCACUAAAACUGAUAUCAGAUAUUUUGGGCAUAGCAUGCGCGUUCGUCACUUGAAUUUUACCUUGUCAAGAGGUUUUAUAUUUAAUCCAGAAUGAUACCGAAUUAUCAAGAUACUUUUUUUAUGUAAAUAUAAUUUUCGCAUUUUGCCACAAAUUCGAGAUUAUAGAAGAGAUUUCUCAUUAACACAAUUAUGCAUGCGACAUUAAUGAAGUGAUUCGUCCAAAUAAUUUGUGAUCCCUAAUUGUGGCAUGUAAUGGGGCUCUAAAGAGGUAACGGGUUUCAAGAAGCCGCUAUAUGGUUCACUGUAUUUGUAAAUAGUCGUAAUGGUAUUGGAUAGGCGUUUAUUUAUGGUAAUGUUGUGUUCGUAGGCAGAUAUAAGCCGUGACUCCUGACCUCAUCAGUAUCCCCAUUUGCGCCAAAAGCCAAACAAAGGAAACCGAAAGGACCCAUGGCCAACGACACUCUAUUUCCGAACGCUUUUGCGCUGAAAUAUUAGACCAGAAGCAGACAGUAGACGGCUACACAGACGCAAGGCGCCAGCUUAUUGAUUCGGCCCCCUACCAACGAAAGUCAAAGUCGGUGGAUGCUGGCACCGCACAAAGGAGUUACAACUUUUAGCUCAGUGCGCGUCUGGCUGUGUGGAAGUUUGGUUGUUCAGCUUCGUUCACAGAUUUUUUAAUUUUUCAGUGAUGAGCUGGCAAUGAAAAUUGUUCAAACUUAAUCAAAGUGCAGCAGCCAUGCCCACCACCUGUGUGUUCCAACUGGAUCGCCUGAAUCCAGUUUACAAUAGUGGCGAGUACAUCAGCGGUCGCAUACUUCUUCGCACGGAUAAAGUGAAGCGUGUUAAUGCUGUAUAUGUAACUCUGGAGGGCGAGGCCAAGGUUCAGUGGUCGAUGAGCGGAAAGAGCGAGACAGCUAAUUAUUCAGGCCACCAGCAAUAUUUACACUCUCGCACCAAUGUGUUCGACAAUUCUUUGUUCCGGGCUGGCGUACAUGUAUACGUGCUCACUCUGCGAAUUCCACCGGAUUGCCCGAGCACCUGCAAGGGUCCUUACGGAUACAUUGCCUACAAUAUUUCCCUGACUAUUGACAAGCCCUGGGGAUUUGACGAGGUUUUUAGAAAACCUAUCAAUGUAGUGCAGACACUGGACCUCAACUACAAUUCUGAAUUCGCUUUGCCGGUGAAGGACGAAAACAUCAAGUACCUCUGCCAUUGGCCGUGUAUAUCGGGCCCUAUUAGUUCCAGUCUGUCACUGCCCGCAUCUGGAUUCACGCCCCUCCAGGAGGUGCCAUACCGACUAGAAGUCGACAACCAGUCGCCGCAUUACGACAUCAUAGGCCUCGAGGUUUCCAUAAGGCAGCAUUUUGUAUUUCUCUCUCGAAAGCCAGUCAAACGAAACUUUUACACGAAGACAUUAAUUAAGGAAUUCAUCGGGGACCGAACGCUGCGUCUGUCCAAGAGGCUGUACGAGUCCAGCAUCUGCAUGCCACUGGACACGCCGCGCUCUACCUUGAACCCCAAUUAUAUUGUCUUCAUUCAUUAUACGUUGCAGGUGAAACUCAAGACUGGAUGCUUUCAUUAUGACACGGACCUUUCAGUACCGAUUACAGUGGGCACAAUAUCACUACAGCAUCUUAGGGAUACUGUACAUGUACAUCAGCCGGUGGGGCGAACUCCCACGACGGAGCGGCGGCGUCUGAUUGAGCGAGUAGCGCCUCGUCAAGAACCUGUAGCUGAGGAAUCUAUCGGGGAAGACGAGCCCGGCCCAGCGGAUCGUGACAUCCGCCAAGCAGUCGAAGAUGAUGAGCCACCUUCCUAUGACAGUUGCCUUCCUCCAUCCUUUAGUUUUGCUACUCUGGCAGGCAGUCAGCAAACCCUGGAGAGUAACCAUGUCGGAGUGCUGCAACGCAUUCAAUUGCCGAAGUUCCCAGGAUUCACAACAUUAAUAGGCACUGCUCAUCAAGGACUAGAGGACUCUGGACUGGACAUGCACUUUUACAGGUCCUACGGGUCUCUGGGCACGGAUCGCACUAGAUGCAGUUUGGAUACGUUCGGUUCUAUCUGCGACCCGCUCUCCGAGGAUGUUGAACACCAGGAAAAUCAGUCUGAUGAUGAGAGGGAGCCCUCGGGGCAAACUUCGCAGUGCCUCCAAGUUUUUGGACAGACCCCAGUUGCAGAAACUCAUGGCCUUCAGGAUGAGCACCUAUUCUAAUGAUGAGCACCUUUGUAUAUGAACAAAUUAACAAGACUUAGCCUUAUUAUAAUUUUUAGGCUGGGUUUUCAAGCCCGAAAUUCGUUCCAUCCCUUUAGGAUCAAAUCGAACUUAUUGAGUGCCAAGGUCUUAUUUUUUCUAAAAUACGUAUUUAUAGCAUACAUUAAUCUUACAUAUUUGACCUUUACACAUUUAUUAUUAUUAAUAUCAAUUUAUGCGAUUGGGAGUGGACAAUAAAAGUAUACACAGCAGUCAGACUUUCGGCUACGAUAAAAGUCACUGCUAUUAAUAAAUGAAAUCUUAGAGGCAGAUAAUAAUUUUUUGAAUAAAAUCUGACCAUCAAUUCAGGUUUUUAUUUAUUUCAGAUAAUAAAGACUUAUCUCAAAUAUCCUAUGACUCUGAAAGUAGGCACAUGAUCCAGAGAAAGAGAAAGGUUGAUGGCAUAUUAAGGGUCUCCAUAUUAGAGUCCUUUAAUAUCAUAUGAUAGUAGGUAUAUGAAGAUCUCCACGAGCGAAGUGUGUUAAUAUAAUUCAAAACUUAACUUUGAACGGGACACGUCAUCCCGACGGACAAGUCUUGUUGCGAGAUUUUAUAAAAAGACAUGUGUUUGAGAAGUCAGGUGACUUUUUAAGUUUUGCGGCAACAUGUUUUCGAUUGUCAAUUUUUUCGUGUUGUUAAGUUGGUACACACUUUCUGAACAUCUGAAUCAAGUUUUCAAAGUAAGUUCGAAUGAAUUAUUUUAUUUAUUAUUUAUUUGUCUUGUAUUAUAAUUUUUACAAUACAACAUUCGUAUUACAAAUUCGAAGACCAACAAUACAAGUAACAAGUAAUUGAAAUUUUCACGGUGGUCGUCAGGAUAAUUUUCACGGUUUUUAUUCAGGAUAAUUCAAACAUUGCGCUACUUUAAACUCCUCUGAGUUAAUGUGCAUUCUUCAUUUUAAGUAACAUUGAAAUAAUUGGGUUGGAAAUUGUAUCCUGCUAUUUGAGUUUCUUUAGUUUGACUCUUGAUGUUGAUGUUGAUCAAGUUUAUAACUUAAUGGGGUCUUAGAUGAUUCCUUCUCUCUGUAACAUAAAUUCACACGAAUAUAAUAUACCCUAAUAUACCCCUGUACUAGUACCAGGUAUAAAAAAACAAAAAACACAUUACCCUCUUUAAGGCAAUAAAAAUAAAUGCAUGUU